AUGAUUGAAUUAAGAUCUGGUUAUUGGAGAGCAUAUUAUUAUUCUUAAACAAUAGAAUAUUGUUAUCAUUUAAUAUAAAAUUGUUAAGGAGGAUGGAAACCAGGUGAUUAAUCAUGUAUAUUAGGACAUAUAGGUGCAUUAUGUGAAUAAUGUGAUUUAUAUAAUAUAAUUGGUUAAGGUUCAUAUUCAGUAAGUUCUAAAUAUUCAUGUGGAAAUUGUGAUUAAAUAAUAGGCAAUGUGUUAACAAUCUUUUUUAUAAGUGUCUGGACUCUUAUCUCUAUAUUGAUGUCAGUUAGCAGUACUGUUGAAAUGAUUGAAGAAUUUAUAGCAGGAUUAAGAUUAAAAGCCUUUGGGUUUACUGUGCUAAUUAAACCAGCUUCAACUGCUAUUUUUAUUAAAGUAUUCACAAAUUAUUUACAAAUCAUAUCUACUAUUGCAACAUUCUAACUUUAAGUACCUUCUGGAUUAGCCUCAAUUGUUAAUAGUGUAGGAAAUCCUAUUGAAUCAAUGGCUUAUUCAUUAGAUUGUUUUCUUAUUCAAAUUACAGACAUUGAAAUUAUUUACUUUAGAAUUAUUUGGAGUUUGCUCUUGGCCACCUCAUAUAUUAAGGCUUUUUUUAUAAUUCAGGGCAUUCAAAUAUUGACAAAAUCAAUAAAAUAUAAUACCGCUUUUGUUUCAACUGCCUUAAUUUAUGUUUUUAUUUAUUUACAACCUAAUUUGAUCGGUGGCUUAAUAUCUCUCAUUUCAUAUAGAAUCAUUUCUGAUGAAUAUUGGAUUUAGGGUAAUGUUUCUUAUAGAUAUGAUACAUAUUAACAUGCAAAAUGGUUAGUAUCAUUUUGUUUUCCUCUACUAUUAUUAUUUAGUAUUUUGAUUCCAUUAUAUUUUUGGUAUGGAGUAAGGAAAAACAGAGGUUAAUUAAAUAAGACAGCAGUUCGUUAAAAAUGGGGAUAUUUGUACAAUGAAUAUAAAAUACAUGCAUAUUAUUGGGAAACCAUUAAAAUCUUAUAAAAAGAACUAAUAAUUAUUGUACUUGCAUAUUAUGAUGAUCACAUUGCAAUUAAAGCAUCUUUAGUAUUUUUAGUAUUAUUUGGUUACAGUUUUGUAACAACAUCAUAAAAACCAUAUAUUAGUGGUGAAUUGAACUAUUUAGAUACAUAAUCAACAAUAGUAUGUGCAGUUUCAAUUAUUUUAGGAAGUUCUAUAAAUACAGCCUAAAAAUCUAAUUUAGUGGAAAUAGUAUGGCCCUUUUAUAUUAUUAUUGGUAUUUUAAAUGCAUAUUUUAUCAUUAAAAUGUUAAUAAAAAUUUUGUUUGCUUAUUUCGAUAAAUUGCAUGAAUAAAUAGAUAAAAUUAAGGAACUAAUUAUAAAGUUUUUUCCGAAUUUAAUACAAAAACAUCCUUUUAUAAAAGAAUUAUUUGAAAGCAGGAAAAAGUAAUAAGCAAGAGUCAAAGGAAGGUUUGCCAAAAUUAAACAUCAUUUGUUACCUUAGGCAAAAUAGAUUCUAUAAUAUAAAAAGUAAAUUUAUAUAUAUAUAAUCUUUUAGAUAAAAUAAUUUAGAUUUACCUUGUAAAAUUAAAACAAUAUUAUCUGAAUUUGAUGAAGAUAUAAUUGAACCAAAAAGAGAAUAAAAUAAUGGGAUUAAUUUAGGUGUAAAUAGUCCCUUAUCUCCAGAAAGUAAUUAUGAUAAAGAAGCUAAUGUUGAUUCUUUAUUUAAAAAACCAUAAUCAUCUAAAGUAUACCCAGAAUUAAUUAUUAAUUAUUUGAAUUAAGAUAGUUUAAAAUCAAGCAUCCAUCAAUCUCAAAGUUGA